CAACGAUAAGUUUUGAGCCCCAAAAAAUUAUAUUAUUUAUAAAGUUUUAUUAAAGUUUUUCGGACUAUAAAAGCGCCUGCGGCUGCGAGCGCGAGUUUUAGUUUUGCCUCAAGAAUUGCACGAAAAUGAAGACUAUUUGCCUACUUUUGCUGUUCGCCCUGCUGGCGGCCCUCGUCUAUGCUGCACCCGCGCCCGGCCCCGCGCCUGCCAAUGAUCCCACCGUCAACGUGCUGAGAUACCGUAAUGACCAGGAACUGGAGCAAAUCCAACGUUCGAUAAUUGCGCAAUACGAGGCACAAUUGGGGGGCACCACACAGGUUCAUGCACCACGCACCGCCACGCUUGUCAAUCCCCAGACACUGGGCAUCAACAUUUAA